AUGGUAAGUCCAUGCUACCACAAAAUGUGUGAAUCAUGCAUAGAUCGUCUCUUCUCUCUUGGUCCCGCUGCGUGCCCCGAGUGUGGCCAGAUUGUGCGCAAGCAGCAAUUUAGUGCACAGACGUUCCAAGAUUUGCGUGUGGAAGAGGAGGUCGAUGUGCGGAAGCGUGUAUCAAAGCUGUUCAAUCGUAAACCAAACGAAUUUCCUUCAUUGAAAGCAUACAAUGACUACUUGGAAGAAUUUGAGGAAAUUACGUUUAACCUUGUCAAUAAGGUUGAUGUCGAGCAUACCCAAGCGCGCCUUGCGCAGUACGAGGCGCUGAAUAAAGCACAGAUUGCCGCCCAUUUACAAUUUCGAGAGCAAGAAUCACAGCGUCAGCAUCAAGCAGACGAGGCCGCGAAGCAGGAACGCCAGAUGCGCACGAAACGUGUGAUGGAAGAGCAAGAGCGCGAGCAAGCUGCGCGCGAUGCAGAUGAAAAAGAAAUGAUGGCGAUGCUUACGAACGGAACCAGCAUUGAAGAAGUGGUGAAGGAGCGUCAACGACGUAUAGACAAGCGAGCGAAAGAAGCCGCAUUACGCGAAGAAAAGGAACAGACACGAAUGCAGCAGUACGAAGAGGCGCUGCAAAAACGGGUUGCGCCACGCACCACCUAUACCCCCCUUGAAACAGAGUAUAUCCGCAAGGUAUUGGCAUCUGAUUUUUGUGGCCCAUUUGCAACGCUGCGUGACGGCAGCGAUCUUUGCACAGUGCGCAAUACCCCUGCCAAACUUGGCGGUCUUGGCGGCGAUGGUUACGUCGAUCCAUGGCUGCGGCCCGAACUUGUCGACGCUAGUGCAGUGUCGCAAUAUCGCGCUGGUGGCUACGAAUGGGAUACACAAGUAUGGCAGCGCGGCUUGAAUACAUUGUGUGAUUCCGUAGUAUUGCGUCCCGCGUCAUGA